ACAUACAUACACACACUGACCUACGUAUACUACACUCUUAUAACGCCUGCUGCUGUCACGGCAGUCGCACGGCUGUGUUAAACUCUGGUUCACAAUUUGAGGGUAAGUUCUUGGUUGGUUUUUUUUUCCCCCAAGUGAGGCCAACAUGGUAUGAUGAUGGAAAAAGUGCUGGAGACUCAGUUGGAUAACAUACAGGAAACAGUCACCAGCGAACAAAGAUUAGGUCGGCAGGAAAAGGUACACAGCUCCGACGACGAUGUUUUCCUCACGGGUACCACUCCACCCACGCGUCGGUCAAGCGUUGCUACGUUUGGCAAAAGUCCACCACUCAUGUCCUCCUCUACAAGUCCCAGGUUGGGAAAAUCUACCUCUCUCUUCAGUGACAGCAACGGCAAGGUCCGUCCGCACAGAGGCAGGACUUCGUCCGUCGAUGACCGUUUACAAGGGACCUACAUGCACCCAGCUAUUUCUGUUUCUGCUUUAACUUCGGGGACAGCUACAACAUCAACUUUAACCACGGCGCCGGUCUCAGAGGCAGACUCAGUCCACUGUUCUGCUAUCAACUCUAACGAGAAGCAGCAUGACAAGACGGGCGAGUCUAGUCCAACAAACUCUGGAUAUUUACCGGAUCAUAGUUAUGGAGGGGCCACAUAUUGCAGACAAUCUCGACCCCGUGGUUCAAUCUUCGAUGAUUUACUGUUCGAAAUUUAUGAUCAGUGGUACGAUAGCUACCGAGAUAGCUUUGAUAGUGACACAUUUACGGAAUAUUCGAGUGCUGCGGAGAUACCACAUUAUUACACAACGGCCAGGUCGGAAUAUCACUUGGAAAUCGAAGAUAGGAGGAUAAAAAAAUUCAGCCGAGCUUAUUUGGAAAACCAAGGUCUUGAGAAACUCAAAGAAAUUGAAUCUAGUCUCCGUUAUGAUAUCAAUCAAAUGUCAGCCAGAUUGGUGCGCCAAUUAAAGAGGAGAGAUCAUCGAAUUGCCAAACUCAGUUGCAAUUUUGACCUCGUCACAGCUUUCUUGCAAGCAUCUUCUCUGAAGCGCCGAAUUGACACCAGAAUUAAGUUUAGCAUUGAACCACCAUUGGUUGGUGAGAACGCCUAUGAACAAUGGGUAGAUGCUAUGAAAGGGGUUGCACGACUCCCUCUUGGGAUUCCUGAGGAAUUCAGAAGAAAGGUGUGGCUGAGUUUGGCUGACCAUUAUAUCAAAGAGAUCCAUCUGGACUGGGAGAAAACCGUGCGAUUUGCUUUUAAUGAUCGCUGCAAUCCAGAUGACAAUAAACUUGGACUUCAGAUUGUCAAGGAUCUCCAUCGAACUGGUUGUCGCAGCUUCAGUGGCCAUGACAACGAGGAGGAACGUGCUGUUCUGAAGCGCGUCCUGCUGGCCUAUGCCCGCUGGAAUAAGAACGUUGGUUACUGCCAGGGUUUCAAUGUGAUAGCAGCAUUAUUGCUGGACGUCUUUGAUAGGAGGGAAGAUGAAGCAUUGAAAGUUAUGGUUUACCUCAUCGACCACGUGCUACCUGACAGUUAUUUUGCCAACAAUUUGCGUGCCUUAUCUGUUGACAUGGCUGUUUUUAGGGACCUGCUGCACUGGAAGUUCCCUUAUCUCUCUCAGCACCUGGAAAAUCUACAGAAAGCAGCUCAGGAAGAAGCAUCAGGGUUAAUAAAGUAUAUACCAUUUAUACCACAGUUUGAAUCAGGUGCCAUCUAUGAGCCUCCAUUAACCAAUGUCUUCACAAUGCAAUGGUUUCUGACUCUGUUUGCAACUUGUCUUCCAAAGAAAACCGUUCUCCGAUUGUGGGAUUCUAUAUUACUGGAAGGUUCUGAGAUAUUACUACGAGCGGCAUUGGUAAUCUGGAACAAACUGUCCAAGAGAAUAUUAAUGGUUGGCAGCGCUGAUGAGUUCUAUACUCUCAUGGGUGAACUGACCCAAGAAAUGGUCAGUGGGGACAAGUUCAGUCCAGAAAAGUUAAUAAAGGCAAUCUACUCAAUAUCACCAUUCCCAUUUCCACAACUGAGUGAGUUACGGGAGAAAUACACUUACAACAUUCGCCCAUUCAGUGGGACUGCUAACAGUGGUAAGAAAGUGAACCAGUUUGAUGGUGGUGGUGUGUCCAUCAGUGACGAUGACCUCGACGAAGAAGACAUGGAAGCCAUUCGCUGUUUCACUGGCCUCUUCAACCUCCAAUCUCUGAACUCGGCAAACAAGGCAAAAGGUUUAGAAGGAGACGUAAGCAGCACUGCAAACACCAACUGCAAUGAUAUAUCAAUGGUAGGACCUGGUAUCUACGGAAUGCCUUCAGUUACCGAUUCCAACCUGACAGUGAAUCGAUCUUCGGCCUACAUGGAAAGAAUGACAACUGAUUUAUGUGCCUUGAAGAAACAAUACCAAAGGCUGCGCCAAAGACAAGCUCAAGCCCAUAUUAUUUUGUCAGCUGCCAAUACUUACCAACAGAAGUCACACACAGAUUUCAUCACGCCUACAAUUGAGUCGCCAAAAGCUAUGAACCAUUUAUUUAUUGGACGAAAUGCUCUGAAAAAACACAAAAAUAGAUUCAUAACUGCAGGGCCUCGUAUCGCUUGUCAAGUUCCUUCGGGCAGUGUUCCAGGGAAAGCUGCCAGCCUUUCAGGUAAAUUCCGUUCAAAGAGCUUCGAUAGCCAUUUUGAUCCAAACCAAAGUUGCAAACCAACCGAAACUCAGAAAAUGAAUUGCUCAAGAAGAUCCAACUCUGAAAACACCCGUCUCCCCGAUGCACUGCAGCGAUUGCAAUCUGCUGACAAUCAUAAACUUUCAAGUAGUUCCCAAGAUAGUCUUCCCCAAGACGACAACAGUGGUGGCGGCACAAGUACCAGGGUCACUACAGCUGUUGUGGGCUUGGCAUCUAAUAUGACGUCCUUAAAGGACGACCCAACUGUCGUUGAAGACACUGAUGCUGGGGAUAGUUCCCCUGCAGAUUCUAUAACAGCUUCUCAAGAGAAGUCACAGGCUACCAGUGUUGAAAACAUUACACACACGGCAGAUAUUUUCAUAAAAGACAGUCAAGAGAACCUUAAUCUCACAGACCCUCAUUCUGUAAGUGAAUUACUACAUUCCAUAUCUGAGAUCUCUGCAAAUAAUUCUGAAGAUCCAGCCCCCACUCAGAACAUUACCGAUUUAAAAACCCCAACAACUGAUCCAGCAUGUAUUCCUAACGUUCCUCCUGAAACUAUGGAUCCUGGGCCAACCAUCACAUCUGCCUCUUGUCACGUUGCUAAUGGCAACGAAGACAAUGAUCAUAAUCAACAUUCUUUAAUCACCUUUGACAAUGGUCCUGAGCAUCUUGAAGAUGCCUCAUUUGUGGUUACACCUAUUUCUCACCUGGAAGAUUCUGAUGCAAAAGACAAUCUAGAGGAACAGGUGAGCCAGUUACUUCGAAGCCCUUCACUCGAUAGCUGUAACAAUCUGGACUUUUCAGCACUGUCCGAGGCCUCUGAUGAGGUGAGCAGUUUGGCCAGCUUCUUUGAAACGAAUAGCGAAAAUUUCAAAGUGUCAGGUGAUGACGAAAAGACACCAUUAUCGUUGUCGCCAAUGCCAUCAGAGUUAUCUUGGGAAACUGUUCCGAAUCCUCCCCCUUCCAAAGAACGCUUUCGUUCUCAUUCGUGCUGUUCUCCUGAUACGCUUUCACCGACUGAGAAAAUUGGUAUCAAGUUUGGUGUGGCUCGAAUCAACGGAGACUCGUGGUGUCAUCAGAACAUGAUGGAAUAUAACCGUAGCAUGCGGCGACGGUCAACAAAGAGCGAAUGCCAACUUCCAAGCAAUAAUUACUCAACUAAUUCCAACUCGUUAGAAUCCCUCAACAGCUUCACAACAGAAAGCAAAUUUUCUAGUCGUAAUGUCAACCCCAAAACUGUAGCCCAGCAAUCUGCAGCCGACCCUUCAGUUUAUCUCAACCGACACUGUGCUCUCAAUGGUCUCAAAUUAGGAAUGUACAAACCUUCAAUGUUAGUUCGUGUGAAUAAAAAACAAAAGCCAAGUUUACAGCGCACUUUCAGUAAGAGCUGACUGCUGCAGCACACAAGCUGAUACCAAAGACUAUUCUUAACUUUAAACUAAAUUAAAACUCUUGCAGAUCUUGUCACAGAUAUCUAAUUAUUAUUAAUAUUAUUAUUAUUAGUAGGCAGUGAGGUGGCAGAACCAUUAGCAGGCCAGGCAAAAUGUUUGCGGCAUUUCAUCUGUUAUUAUGUUCUGAGUUCAGUUCAGCCAAGGUCAACUUUGUCUUUCAUCCUUUCGGAGUUUGAUAAAAUAAGUACCAGUGAAACACUGGGGGUCGAUGUAAUCGACUAGUCCCCUUCCCUCCAAAUUUCAGGCCAUGUGCCUUUAGUAGAAAGUUGGAUAAAAAACAAAAAAUGUCCCAUUCGACUGCUAGAAUUCAUUCAGUUGACCAUUUCUAUCUUUCAUAAUAUAAAUUUGUGGCCUUGUGCUUACGGAACAAUUAUUUUUUAAGGCGUCCAGUUGGCAGAAUUGUUAGCAUGCCUGGCAAAACGCUUAAACGCAUUUUGUCCAUCUUUGUUUUGAGUUCAAAUUCUGCCAAGGUCGACUUUGCCUUUCAUCCUUUUGAGGUCGAUAAAAUAAGUACCAGUUGAGUACUGGGGCUGAUGUAAUCGACUAACCCCCACCCUCAAAAUUUCAGGUCUUGUGCCUAGAGUAGAAAGGUUUAUUAUUAUUAUUGAUUUGUAGAGCUGUAGCUGUUGAAUUUUAUAUUUCGUAGAGAUUUGAUUCUAGUCUGCAAUCCAAGGGCAGAUAAUCAGUGUUGGCUAAAAAUGAAAUUGUCUGCUGAAAUCAGUUUAAUAGUUCAGCUUGUGAUGAUGAUGAUGAUGAUGAUACAAGAGACAGGAAGUAAACCAGGCAUAUAAUUAUACUUUAGUUCAGUGCCUCACACCUUUCAAUCACAAAAUUUCACCCUGGGGCCUAGUUAACCGUUCUUUCUUUCUUUCCACCAAAACUGAGUAUAUUUGGAGCAGAGCAAAGUCUACGAUAGGAAUGGAAUGGUGCCUUCAUUCAGAAAGUGACUGAUUGAUGAAAGAAAUCUUCAAUGUUAGUAUGAUUAGAAUUCCGAGAUCGUUUUGAUCUCCAGUCGUUAUCAGGUGCCAUUCUCCAAGAUAUAUUUACAUAGUAAAGAACUGGAUAAAGUCGGCCUCUUAUGUACAUAGCCAAGACAAAAACACCUGACAACAACCGGGGAUCAAACCAUUUGAAAUGUUAUAUAGAUGUAAAUAUUGCAGGAAAAAAAAAAAAAAAAAAAAAAAAAAAAAAAAAAAUAAUAAUAAUAAUUUCUAAUGGAGUUGUCUCAGAAAAAAAAAAAAAAACUAAUAGUAUUAACACUAAUUCUUGUCUGAGAGCAGGUGUUUGUUUUUCUCCGAAGAGCUGUGGGAGAGACCCCCACCCACCCUUCUUUUUCAAUAUAUUUUCUUCCAAAUUCGUCCCAAAUGAUUGUUAUUCCAAUUUUGAAGUUCUAAAAAUAGAUUUUGUUUUUCCUACCACAGUCUUGGAGCCUCAAUUACAUAUCUGAGGAAAUGGGUUGAUUGUUUUUGGAAGUACAUAAUAAAUAAAACCAGGCCCCCCCUUAUUUAUUAUCUGCUGUACUUGAAGUGAGUAUAACAUAAUAUUGGCAGAGAGACUUGCUCAACCUUUCAAAACUAUAAACAAUUAACUAUCAUCCUCA